UGCACUCCUCGGUUACACCCCUAGGAAGUCGAAUAACCCCAAACUUUUUUCCCAAAAAACGAAGCUUGUGCAGCAGAUAAAGUCUGUAGGCUGAUAGCAGAGGACACACACUCCUGACUGCUGUCCUGAACCUUUUUCUGCUUCACACACACAGCUAUUUAGGUACCAUGGCAGAGAAGGUGCUGGUGGUUGGAAGUGGAGGGCGGGAACAUGCGUUGGCCUGGAAACUCGCCCAAUCGCCGCUGAUUCGGCAAAUUCUGGUCGCUCCUGGUAACGCAGGCACGGCCAACUGUGGGAAAAUCAGCAACUCGGAGGUGUCGGUUAGUAACCACGCCAUCUUGGCUCAGUUCUGCAAGGAUCAUCACGUCGGGUUGGUUCUGGUCGGCCCUGAAGUCCCGCUGGCAGCAGGUAUUGUGGACGAUCUGACAGCAGCAGGAGUUCCAUGUUUCGGCCCGUCUGCCAAAGCCGCUCAGCUCGAAGCCAGCAAGAGUUUCUCCAAAGCUUUCAUGGAGAGACACGGCCUCCCAACAGCGAGAUAUGGAUCCUUCACCGACGCCCAGGAGGCCUGCAGCUUCAUCCGCACGGCUGAUUUCCCGGCGCUCGUGGUGAAGGCGAGUGGGUUGGCGGCGGGGAAGGGAGUCAUCGUGGCUUCAAACAAGGAAGAGGCCUGCCAGGCUGUGAUGGACAUCAUGAAGGGCCGAGCCUUCGGGUCAGCAGGCGAGACUGUGGUGGUUGAAGAGCUGCUCGAGGGAGAGGAAGUGUCCUGUCUGUGCUUCACUGACGGAUUCUCAGUUGCUGCGAUGCCUCCAGCUCAGGAUCACAAACGGCUGCAAGACGGCGAUUUGGGGCCAAACACCGGCGGCAUGGGAGCCUACUGUCCCACCCCUCAGGUGAGCCAGGAGAUUCUGCAGCAGAUCACAGAGAGCGUCCUGCAGAAGACUGUGGAUGGCAUGAGGGAGGAAGGGGCUCCUUAUGUGGGUGUGCUGUAUGCAGGCCUGAUGUUGACCAAGGAGGGGCCAAAAGUCCUCGAGUUCAACUGUCGCUUCGGGGACCCCGAGUGUCAGGUGCUUUUGCCUCUUCUGAAGAGCGACCUUUACGAAGUGAUCCUGAACACAAUGAGUGGGAAACUGGCCUCUAGCGCCCCCGUGUGGCACCAGGACAGCUCUGCGGUCACUGUGGUGAUGGCCAGCGCUGGAUACCCCGGAUCCUACAAGAAAGGAGUGGAAAUCACAGGUUUGUCUCAGGUUCAGGACUCGGGGCUGCAGGUUUUCCACGCCGGCACAACUCUGAAAGACGGGGCCGUGGUUUCCACCGGGGGGCGAGUUUUAACCGUCACCGCCGUCAAAUCGUCCCUGGAGACGGCCCUAAAUGCAGCCAAUCAGGGCGUAGCAUCUGUCGGAUUCCCGGGAGCCGUGUACCGACGUGACAUCGCACAUCGUGCCAUCGCUCACCUGAAGCAGCACAGAGGACUGACCUACAAAGACAGCGGCGUGGACAUCGCUGCCGGUAACAAACUGGUGGAAAUGAUCAAACCUCUGGCCAAGGCAACGUCUCGCGCUGGGUGUAAUGCAGAACUGGGAGGCUUUGCUGGGCUUUUUGAUCUGAAAGCUGCAGGUUUUAUCGACCCAAUCCUGGUGUCUGGGACCGAUGGAGUCGGAACCAAACUCAAGAUCGCGCAGGCGUGCGGGCAGCAUGGCGGCCUCGGUCAGGAUCUGGUGGCCAUGUGUGUGAACGAUGUUCUCGCUCACGGCGCCGAGCCGCUCUUCUUCCUCGACUACUUCUCCUGUGGCAGGUUGGAUGUGGAUGUAGCUUCAUCGGUGAUCGGAGGCGUCGCUAAAGCCUGCGAGCUGGCCGGCUGCGCUCUGCUGGGUGGAGAGACCGCAGAGAUGCCGGGCGUCUACGCUCCAGGAGAAUACGACCUGGCGGGGUUCUGUGUUGGAGCGGUGGAGCGAGGGGCUCUUCUUCCCAGGAUGAAGGACAUCGAGGAGGGCGACCUUCUGAUCGGACUCGCCUCCUCCGGGGUCCACAGCAACGGAUUCAGUCUGGUCCGAAAAGUCCUGGAGAGAGCGAACCUCAGCUACAGCUCUCCGGCUCCUUUCGGCACGUCGGGACAGACUGUGGGCGAGGUUUUGCUGACGCCUACAAAGAUCUACAGUCGUGUUCUGCUGCCGAUCCUCCGCAGCGGGGCGGUGAAAGCCUACGCUCACAUCACAGGGGGGGGUCUGCUGGAGAACAUCCCCCGCGUGCUGCCUCAGGAACUGGCUGUCGAUUUAGAUGCCUCUCGAUGGAGCCUCCCUCCCGUGUUCUCCUGGCUGCACAAAGAGGGCAGUCUGAGUGAAGAGGAGAUGACUCGAACCUUUAACUGUGGCCUCGGGGCGGUGCUCGUUGUUUCUCCUCUGGACGCUCAGAGGGUCCUUCGCCAGCUUCAAGCCCCCGAAGAGGCCUGGAUCGUGGGUUCACUUUCCCACAAGCAGCAGGGAGCAGAACCUGUGGUCGUCCGCAACCUGAAGCACAGUCUGAUGAACGCAGGGCCGGUUUCCAGCGGCGAGUUGGCUGUCAAUCAAAACGAGGGUAGCCAUGGCGACGGCAGCACGCCACGCAAGAGGACCAAAGUGGCUGUUCUCAUUUCUGGCACAGGCACCAACUUGCAGGCGCUGAUCGAACAGGCCCGACGUCCGUCCAGCUCCGCAGAGAUCGUGCUUGUUAUCUCCAACAGACCUGGAGUUCAGGGCCUGAAGAGAGCCUCGUUGGCCGGCAUCCAGACACGGGUGGUGGACCACAAGUUGUACGGCAGCAGAGCGGAGUUUGACGGCACCAUCGAUCGAGUGCUGGAGGAGUUCGGGGUGGAGCUGGUGUGUCUGGCUGGAUUCAUGAGGAUCCUCACAGGAAAAUUCGUCAAGAAAUGGAACGGAAAGCUGAUGAACAUCCACCCGUCCCUCCUGCCUUCAUUCAAGGGGGUGAACGCCCAGAAACAGGCUCUCCAGGCUGGGGUGCGGGUCAGUGGCUGCACGGUCCACUUUGUAGCAGAAGAGGUGGAUGCGGGCGCCAUUAUCGUGCAGGAGGCGGUGCCCGUGAUGAGCAGCGACUCCGAGGAGAGUUUGUGCGACAGAAUCAGAGAAGCUGAGCAUCGAGCCUUUCCUGUCGCUCUGGAUUUGGUGGCAAGCGGCACGGUCAAACUCGGAGAAGACGGGCACAUCGUGUGGAAAUCCAAUCCACAGAGUUAAAAAACAAACCCAGAUGAAUGCCACUUUCCUUCUGUUACCUAAAACUAGUUCCACAAAAGCGACAAAGCAUCAAACAAGGUCAAGAUGGUCACUUUUUAUUGUACUAAUACCUGCAAACGGUCCUUUCUUUUUCAAAAUGUCAUGCUAGAUGGAGAUAGGUAGAUUUUCGUGGGAUGCUUAAAGCUUGCAUGCAUCCAUUUAAUAGCAGCAUUUCAACAUCUUGUAUGAAGAGGCCUCAUACUUGACCAAAAUUACAUUCCAAUGGUUUAUUUUUAAUCAAUGUUAGUUGCACUGGAAUUGACCUCCUAAAAAAAGUCAUAUUUGUAAUGCUGAUAGAAUAUAUUCAUAUAAUAAUGCAUCUUUGAAUGUCUGUGUAGUUGUUAUUUCAUCAUUAAACCUGCCUGGGUGAAUGCAUAAAAUGA